AUGACCCCAGCUACUGAUUGCGCUGGUCUUCUGGCUGACAUAAUGGGGAGCCUUUGUCUGUCAUCGACAGAACAAAAAGCUGUUCCUUCAGCCGACGCUGUACCAUCUACUGCAGCGCCUUCUGGGCAAUUAAACGAUGUGGCCUUGUCCGACCUCUUAGCGACGGCCAUGCGCAAACGCAAUGAAGUGCUUGAAGGCAGAGAAAUUGAUUUUCGACGCACAAUACAGCACUUCAACAUGAUCCAAAGGUUAUGUAAGCAGCUGGAAGACUCCAGGGCAAAGAAAUGCCAACGAAACAUUAAGAAGGCGACACGGGGUAGAGGUGGUCGAUAUAAAAAAGUAUACCCUACCUCCUUGAAGCAGAUGAAGCGACCAGCAGGACGUAAUCCAGAGUGCCCUGUGGAGACGAAGCAGGUCAAAUUGAACUUCUAA